CUGAUUAGGUGGGUUCCAUUUGAUGCUGCCAAGCCACUGCUCGACAUGAAAUCGUACAUGGUUUUAUCUGAUUUUGCCACACAAAAUGGACAGCCUCUUCCUCCUAGUAACCUUGAAAAUUAUGAGGAGCGAAAUGAUCAACAACAUUUUCACGGAUCAAAUGAUAUUUUUGUUGGUGAGGAUGAGGAAAUGGAUGAAUUUAAUUAUGAAGAUUCAGAUGAGGAAUUGGUUGCUGAGAGCAGUAACAUCCAUCUGCCCAAAGUAGAAGACAAAGAUGUUGGUAGCAUUUUGAUUGGGUUGAAGGAAGUUCGUCUGAGAUACAAAGAUUUGAGGCAAGCUUUUGGUUCCGGUGAAAGGCGGUAUAUGGAGACUCAACUGCACAGAUACACGAGGGCUGUUGGUGCAGAGCUCUCUGAACGAAUGGUUUAUUCGCUGGGUUAACUCUUCAAUGUGUAAUACAAUUUGUAGAAUUUCAAUGCAAAAAGUUCUUGUCCUCAUUGGGAAUAUCAUGUCCUUCUCGAGUUGUUGGUAGAGCUAGGGAGCCUGAGACAGCUGCCAGAAGUUGGUUCUUCAACCGUGUAUUCCUUGGUGUGUUUGGGAGAUUCAAACUAGAGGAGAAUUAGUACUUUUAACUGUUCAAUUAAGCUUCAUCGUGCAUUUGUCAUAACAUAGAGAUUUGCAGUUGGUACGUACCGCUCUGCUAGUCGACCUGGUCAAACAAGGAUCAGAUUUGGGUGGAACUACUCAAUAUGGUACUUUAUUGGAAAUCUUUAAGGAUUAUAUGGCUGUCUUUA